CUGUCAGGCACCGCGUGGGCCACCUCGCAUGACGGCGUUUUGGCUGACGAAGGACCCACAAACGGCGGCUCAUCGUCGGUCUCAAGAGUUUCAUGGAGAUUGUUUGUGUAAAUGAAACCAUAUCCAUCUGAAAUCAGAAGCAUCUUAUCUUACACGCCGUUUUGAGCUGGGCUUAUUGCUCUGUUUGCAGCCCCUGAAGAACCUUGUGGGGAAGCCACAGAAAGGGAGCCAUGUUUCUGUACAACAUCACCCUUCAGCGUGCCACGGGCAUCACUCAUGCCAUCCAUGGAAACUUCUCAGGUACCAAAAUGCAGGAGAUCGUUGUUUCCAGGGGAAAGAUCUUGGAAUUAUUGCGGCCAGAUGCCAACACGGGAAAGGUGCACACUCUGCUCACAGUGGAGGUGUUUGGCAUCGUUCGGUCCCUGAUGGCCUUCAGACUCACUGGAGGAACCAAAGACUACAUUGUUGUUGGAAGCGACAGUGGUCGGAUUGUCAUCCUGGAAUAUCAUCCAUCAAAAAACAUGUUUGAGAAGAUCCACCAGGAAACUUUUGGAAAGAGUGGCUGCCGGCGCAUCGUCCCCGGACAGUUCCUCGCUGUUGACCCAAAAGGCAGAGCUGUUAUGAUCGGAGCCAUAGAGAAGCAGAAGCUGGUUUAUAUUCUGAACAGAGAUGCAGCUGCAAGGCUGACCAUCUCCUCUCCACUGGAAGCACAUAAAGCAAACACACUGGUCUACCAUGUGGUAGGAGUCGAUGUCGGCUUUGAAAAUCCCAUGUUUGCCUGCCUCGAGAUGGAUUAUGAGGAAGCUGACAAUGACCCGACGGGAGAAGCCGCCGCCAACACGCAACAGACGCUCACCUUUUACGAGCUGGACCUCGGCUUAAAUCACGUGGUCCGCAAGUACAGCGAGGCUCUGGAAGAGCACGGAAAUUUCCUCAUCACUGUUCCUGGUGGUUCGGAUGGGCCCAGUGGAGUACUGAUCUGCUCCGAAAACUACAUCACUUACAAGAAUUUUGGAGACCAGCCUGACAUUCGCUGUCCCAUCCCGCGACGCAGGAAUGACCUGGAUGACCCAGAGCGUGGAAUGAUAUUUGUCUGCUCAGCCACCCACAAGACCAAGUCCAUGUUCUUCUUCCUGGCCCAAACGGAGCAGGGAGACAUCUUUAAGGUUACCCUGGAGACCGAUGAAGAAAUGGUCACAGAAAUCAGGCUGAAAUACUUUGACACGAUCCCUGUAGCAACAGCCAUGUGUGUCCUGAAGACUGGCUUCUUGUUUGUGUGUUCAGAAUUUGGAAACCAUUACCUUUACCAGAUCGCUCACUUGGGUGACGAUGAUGAGGAGCCUGAGUUUUCCUCUGCAAUGCCGUUGGAAGAGGGAGACACCUUCUUUUUCCAGCCCCGCCCCCUCAAGAACCUUGUGCUGGUGGACGAACAGGAGAACUUAUCGCCCAUCAUGUCCUGUCAGAUUGCGGAUUUGGCCAAUGAAGAUACACCACAGUUGUACGUUGCCUGUGGUCGAGGACCCCGGUCUACUCUGAGGGUCCUUAGACAUGGACUGGAGGUAUCAGAGAUGGCUGUGUCUGAGCUUCCCGGUAACCCUAACGCUGUGUGGACAGUACGCAGACAUGUGGAAGAUGAGUUUGAUGCCUACAUCAUCGUAUCUUUCGUGAACGCAACUCUGGUUCUGUCCAUUGGAGAGACUGUAGAGGAAGUGACAGAUUCUGGAUUUCUGGGAACGACGCCUACUCUCUCCUGCUCACUGCUCGGUGAAGACGCGCUGGUGCAGGUGUACCCAGACGGAAUUCGCCACAUCCGAGCGGACAAGCGUGUGAAUGAGUGGAAGACUCCUGGCAAAAAGACCAUUGUACGAUGCGCUGUGAACCAGCGGCAGGUUGUUAUCGCACUCACUGGAGGGGAGCUGGUGUACUUUGAGAUGGACCCGUCCGGUCAGCUCAAUGAGUACACAGAGCGGAAAGAGAUGUCUGCAGACGUGGUUUGUAUGAGCCUCGCUAACGUUCCACCUGGUGAGCAGCGCUCACGAUUCCUGGCCGUGGGACUGGUUGACAACACUGUCCGAAUCAUCUCCCUGGACCCUUUGGACUGCCUACAGCCGUUGAGUAUGCAGGCCCUGCCAGCCCAGCCAGAGAGUCUGUGUAUUGUUGAGAUGGGAGGGGUUGAGAAACAGGAUGAACUUGGAGAAAAGGGAACCAUUGGCUUCCUCUACCUCAACAUAGGGCUUCAGAAUGGUGUGCUGCUGAGGACUGUGCUGGACCCAGUAACUGGUGACCUGUCAGACACCAGAACACGCUAUCUGGGAUCACGACCUGUCAAACUCUUCAGAGUCCGGAUGCAGGGACAGGAAGCUGUGCUGGCAAUGUCAAGUCGCUCCUGGCUCAGCUACUCGUACCAGUCUCGCUUCCACCUGACCCCUCUGUCAUAUGAGACUCUGGAGUACGCCUCUGGCUUUGCCUCGGAGCAGUGCCCUGAAGGCAUAGUGGCCAUUUCCACCAACACACUGAGAAUUUUGGCUUUGGAGAAAUUAGGAGCCGUCUUCAACCAGGUGGCCUUUCCUCUGCAGUACACUCCCAGGAAGUUUGUAAUCCACCCGGAGACCAACAACCUCAUUUUGAUCGAGACUGACCACAAUGCCUACACUGAGGCAACCAAAGCCCAGAGAAAGCAACAAAUGGCUGAGGAGAUGGUGGAGGCUGCUGGUGAAGAUGAAAGAGAACUGGCUGCUGAGAUGGCCGCUGCCUUCCUCAAUGAGAAUCUCCCAGAAGCCAUUUUUGGUGCACCCAAAGCCGGAGCCGGCCAGUGGGCCUCACUGGUGCGUCUCGUCAACCCCAUACAGGGUACAACACUGGACCAGGUGCAGCUGGAACAGAACGAAGCUGCUUUCAGCGUUGCUGUGUGUCGUUUCCCCAACACAGGAGAUGAUUGGUAUGUUCUGGUGGGCGUUGCCAGAGACAUGAUUCUCAACCCCAGAUCAGUGAGCGGCGGCUUUAUCUACACCUAUCGGCUCGUCAGUGGAGGCGAGAAACUGGAGUUUGUGCACAAAACCCCAGUAGAGGACGUGCCUUUGGCCAUUGCGCCGUUCCAGGGACGAGUCCUGGUUGGAGUUGGAAAACUGCUGAGAAUCUACGACCUAGGCAAAAAGAAGCUGCUCCGCAAGUGUGAAAACAAGCACGUUCCCAACCUGGUGACUAGCAUCCACACCAUCGGCCAGCGUGUGAUCGUGACUGACGUUCAGGAGAGCCUGUUCUGGGUCCGUUACAGACGCAACGAGAACCAGCUCAUCAUCUUUGCUGACGACACGUAUCCCCGCUGGGUGACCACAGCCUGUCUGCUUGAUUACGACACCAUGGCUUCUGCUGACAAGUUUGGGAACAUCAGCAUUGUGCGUCUACCCCCCAACACCAGCGAUGAUGUGGAUGAAGACCCCACAGGAAACAAAGCUCUAUGGGACAGAGGCCUCCUUAAUGGAGCAUCACAGAAGGCUGAGGUGAUAGUGAACUACCAUGUUGGUGAGACAGUGUUAUCCCUCCAGAAAACCACUCUGAUCCCUGGAGGUUCGGAGUCCAUGGUCUACACCACUCUGUCUGGAGGCAUCGGCAUACUGGUCCCAUUCACAUCACAUGAGGACCAUGACUUCUUCCAGCAUUUAGAGAUGCAUAUGCGCUCUGAGUUUCCUCCUCUGUGUGGCAGAGACCAUCUCAGCUUUAGAUCCUACUACUUCCCAGUCAAGAAUGUGAUUGACGGAGAUCUAUGUGAGCAGUUCAACAGUAUGGACCCUCACAAGCAGAAAAGUGUGGCAGAAGAGCUGGACAGAACGCCGCCCGAGGUCUCUAAGAAACUGGAGGACAUUCGCACUCGUUACGCCUUCUAAUAGUACACCUUCGUGCAGCAGGUGUGGACCGAGAUGCACUCAUUAGGACCAUUGCAAACACAAACACACAAAUCCUUCUAUGCCACAGCGUGCCCUCUGUUCAGGACACAUAUUGACGGACAUUUAUAGAUUGUUGACUGUGUACACUCAAUUACAUGGAAACGUACAACAUGAUGUCACAUGCUUGUAAUUACCGCACAUCGCUCAGUAACGAUGCAAGUCACAUUCACCUCUUCUUCUUUGCCGCGAAAUACUUGCAAUCAAGCCAGAAAGGGCGCAAACAUAAACCCACAUAGCUGUAACACCAUCCCUCCAAUUGCAUACUUGCUGACUUGAUUACAGAGAUCCUUAGAGUUCUUUCACAACUCCCCUGCGCUGUUGUAAGAAACACACACAUGCAGCGACAACAUGGAAACAAGGCAGAAAGUGACGUCCAACUUAAUUCUCUUAAUGUUGCUAAAUUGUGUUACCACAAUUGCGUCCACUCACAAGAACAGCUGCGUGAACAGUGUUCUCAGACACAGCCGUCAUGAUCUGCAUUCACACGCUCCCGAUUGCGCGAUGAGCAACUGUCGCACUUUCAUCUGCACCCUCAAGAGUACAUACCCUAAAGGCGCAUCUGUGUGAAUACUUUUUAUUUUAAAGCUUUUUAGCUCAUGCCAAGCAGCAAAACGUGGUUAUUGACACAAUCUGUAGCGAUUGAUGUCACACUGACUUGACAGGAGACCAUUGAAUGCUGAGAAUAUUUUUAGUGUCUGUUAUUUAGCAAGAAGGUGGUAUUUCAGUUUGUGUCCUCCAUCUUUGAUCUUGGCUAAAUUAAACAAAUGUGUUUUUGUAUGGUAUAAUUUUUUUUUUUUUCAUUCUGUAUUGAUUAGAAUUAUGUUAUGAUGCAUAUACCACAGACGGAGAUGGUAUUAUUAAAUCGUUCUUGGCUGUUGUCCGACCUGUCUAAAAUGUUGGCUCCAGGCUCUUUAAAGCAUAUUGCUUACUUGCAACUGGGAACCAAACAGGAGCCAACGUCUGUCCCACUUCUAAAACAGGCGGCCCAGUUCAACAAGUGUUGCCAUACUGUGGCAUUAGACGACUGCUGAACUCAGACUAAAUAAGUGGGUGGAAGAACACUGAAGGUUUGCACUGGGUGUUGUUCUUCUCUGUCCUGUAAAUUCCCAACCUCAGCCACAGGCACAGACAUAGCAUUCCUGAGUAGUCACUGAAUUUAGGGGUUUGUGGGAUGGGGGCAGUGGUCUGUUUUUGUAAAUAAAGUUGUUUCUUUGUGCGUUAUAA